UUCUGUGAUCUUUACUUUAUUUACGACAUAAAAAAUAUAUAACCUCAAAAAAUCUUAAAUUGACAUUUUGACUAGUAAAUUAUUAAAUAAAGAUUUCUGAAUGCGAAGUGCUAUUAGUCUUCAUAAUGAAUUAUUUGAUGAAAGUCUUCAUUAAGAGCGCUGCUACAUUAAGUUACAGAUCUCAUGCUGCGGCUGCUGCAAUCAUAACGAAAAGCAAUGUUCAUACAUCUAGUGUUUCCUUGGAUCUGAUGGAAUUCUUCGACUCCAAGAAAAACUGGACUGAGACCAAUAUCAAAGUUGGAAGAGCAUGGAAACUAGAUGAACUACGAAUUAAAUCUAAUACAGAUUUGCAUAAACUGUGGUAUGUUUUGUUGAAGGAGAGAAAUAUGCUGUACACUAUGGAACAUGAGUAUAAAGAACAAAUGCAUUCAUUUCCGAAUCCAGAAAGAAUUGACAAAGUGCAAGAAUCCAUGAACAACAUAGAGACUGUAGUAAGAGAACGUAAUAUAGCAUACUACAAGCUAGAAACUGGUGAAACAGGAGAAAGACCUGUUGAAGAUGUUGUAAAUAUGUUUGGUUUACCAGAAAAGUAUGAAAAGUCAGAGUAUUAUCUACCUAAGUUUAUGAACACCCGGUGGGUACGGCCUUAUCUACAACAUGGCCUUAUCAACAGCAUAGCAGUCAAAAAGUUCUAUAGACUUUAUAAAGAAAAGUUGCAUAAUCAAGAGCGAAGAGCUCGUAACAGAGACUACAAUCAUGUCCAACAUUUAUUGAAAAGAUUUCCUAACAUGAACAUGGAGACACUGAAAGCAGAAUACCCAAAUGUUGAUAUUGAAAAGGCUAAACGAACUAAGAAGGCAAGAGGGCAUUUUGAUCCAAAAUAUUAGACUGUAUUUUUAUAUGUUAGCAAUGACCUUUAGAAUUAAGUCUAUGGGGGCCCCCCAUAAAGUUAAUAGCACCUUAACAAAUAUGUAACUAACUACCUAUCCACUCAUUGAGUAUGUUAGGUAAGUGAACGCUUGAAGAUAAUGUUGUAAAUAAUGUUAAUAAAACAACAAAAUUUAA